CUCCUUUGGUACCCCAGCCGACAUUGGUGGACUCAGCGAUGACCCGUGAUCCAUCAACCCCUCCACCUGCACAAGUCGGUAAAACUCUCCAGACAAAACUCUGGGCCCCUUCCUGGAAGGGUGUCAUUAUUACCCUUCUAAUUGCAGCUAAUAUCAUCUUGAUUCGCAUCAAUGCAGAGCUUGUUUAUCAAAAUCAAUCUUUGAAGAAUGAGAAGCUAGCCUGGGAAGCAAGGACUGAGCUACCAGCAGUUCAAAUUCAGUCCUUAAAGUGUGACAGCAUGGAGAUAAAGAAGGAGCUCUGUGUAACUGCCACCAAUCCACUCUCUGGGUGUGCACUGUGUCCUAAUGAUUGGAUGCUGUAUGGAGACAACUGUUAUUACUAUUCAGAUGCCACACGUAGGACAUGGAAUCAGAGCCAGGAGCAGUGUGAGAUGAUGAGAGGCCACCUACUAGUCAUAGAGGACCAGGAACAGCAGGGGUUUAUACGCAGAAUACUCACGCCACAGGCAGAAGUCAUGUUUUGGAUUGGACUUUAUCAUGAUGCAGAUGGAUGGAGAUGGGUGAACGGCCAACAUUAUAACACCAGCCUGAUCCAGCUGAAGGUGAACUCGGGAAAAUGUGUAUUGGUGAAUAAAGUUGGAUAUUACACUGGAACAUGUAGUUCUAAUUACAGAAUCAUUUGUCAGCGGAAAGCUUUCAAAAUCUGACAUUGUUAGAAUGUACUGGUUUAUCAUUAGGUCUAAAUAUGUUUUUACAGCUGAUUUAUGUUCCCAAAGGACUAAAAAGAAAUACAACUGCAUGCAUAGUAUACUGACCAAUGCGUGAAAGCCUUACAUGUAGAAUGUGCUACUCACAGAUCUGAAAAAUCAGACAACCCAAACAAAAGACCCAAACACCAACACUGUAAUAUUGUCAUUUAUUCCACGUAUAAGGCUGGAAUUGUGGUUAGUAUGAAUUAUUCGGAAUUCUUGGUAAUGCCAGGUCUUAUGUUUAGGAAGUUGAAUUUCUUUUGGAGGAUGACCAAAAUAUUUGGUAAUUAAAAAAAGUACAAGCCCUUUUUAUUGAAAGAUUUGUCCAUUAACUGGUCAUUUAUCUCAAUAAAGAAACAU